UCAGGAGCAUUCUUCCUGGACAUUUGCCUCUGUCACUCAUGCAGCCACACAACUACACCACACGCCCAGUGUCCACUGUGUCCUCUGAGUUCCCAGCACAAGGCUGGCAGGCUGCUCUGACACUCCCGUGAACUCGGCCUUCCUCUCCCCAACUCUCCGUAGCUUGAAGACCUGAACAGUAUCCCCGAAUCACCUGCAGCUCCAUUACAUUUCCUGUGGAUUUAAUGUUUUUUAAGAGUUAAAAACCCAUCGAUUAUUUUGGUUUUUGGUGGAAGGAGCGGGGUACAGACGUUCAUCCGGUGUGGAUUUGUAGUUCAGAGGAGCUCCUCGUCUGUGUUAAGUCUUCCAAAAUGGCACCUGUGAGAGGCUGGGUAGUGGGGCUCCUGCUGGUCCUGCUGUGCCCACCCCAGGUCCCCCUCUCUGGUGUAGUGAGUGCCCAGGAUGUGGCUGAAGAAGACCUCCAUGCCAGGAUUGUUGAGGAGGCUGUGGCUGAAGAGGGUGAGGCAGCUGAGGGUGAUGAUGGGGCUGAUGUGGAACAUGAACAGGUAGCAGAGGAGGGAGGUGACGAAGAUGAGGGAGAAUCAGAUGAUGAUUCAGAGACUGAUGAACAUGAGGCAGAAGAUGAAGAAGGGGAGGCUGAGGAGGAAGAGGAAGAUGAUGUUGAAGAGGAAGAGGAGGAGAAGGAGACUGCCGAUGAGGAUGAAGAGGAGGCCACUGAUGAGGAAGAAGAGGAGACGGCUGAUGAGGAGGAAGACGAGGAAGAGGAGGGCGCUGAUGAGGAAGAGGAAGCGGAGGAAGAGGAAGCUGCUGAGGAAGAUGAUGAGGAGGAGGAGACUGCCGAUGAGGAUGAAGAGGAGACAGCUGAUGAGGAGGAAGAAGAGGAAGAGGAGGGCGCUGAUGAGGAAGAGGAGGAGGAAGAAGAGGCUGCUGAAGAGGACGAGGAAGAAGAAGAGAUGGAUGCUGACGAAGAGGAGGCGGCAGAGGAGGAUGAUGAGGAGGAGGACGAGGAGGCUGCAGCUGAAAAUGAGGAUGACGAGGCAACAGAGGAGGAAGAGGAGGCAAGUGAGGAAGCUGACGAAGCAACUGACGGAGAGGAAUUAGCUGAGGAUGAGGAUGCUGAUGAUGCUGAGGAGGAGGAAGAGGAGGAUACUGCUGAGAGUGACUCUGAGGAAGAGGAUGCAACUGAAGCAGAGAAAGAUGAAGACGAGCCUGAAGGUGACGACGCAGCAGAAAACGAAGACGACACAAGCGAAGAAGAGUCCGCCACUGGCGUGCUUCAGUUCCGCCCUGGCUCUUUGUGUAGCGUUUGCUCCAUCUGUGAGCACUGCUCUAAUAACUGCGACAAGUGCCCCUGUGAAGAGGGAGACGAGUCAGAUCACUGUGAGCACUGCGAAGGAUGCUCAUCCUGCUACCUUUGCCCCAUACUGUGCGACACAGUUUGCACUCCAGGUGGCCUUGUUGAUGAGCUGACUGGGUCCCUCUUCCAGACUGUUGCCUCUCUCCUCUGAGCAACCCUUUGACGUCACCAUGUGGUUGCAUGAGGCGCUGCGCUCAGGAUCGGCGCUGCCUGUCUGUUCAUUCCUCUCCGGCAACAUGAGGACUUCAUGAACCUGACAGCUGAACAAAACUUAUCUACUUAACACAUAUUUAGGUUUUAACUUAUCUUUAGAUACAGUUUUCAGCUAGGCUUGUAUUGAGAGCUGAAAAAAUGUAAUUUUUUAUUCCUUUAUUUUAUGAACUGCCUACUGUACAUUUUCAAUGCAAAACGGAUGAUGGUACAUUGCCGAGGCUUUAAUAUAAUUUAAGAUUUUUAUUGUAACACAGUUUUAGUUGAGCAGAAGUGUUUACAGUCUCUUAGUGGCAGGAAUGUGUUUGAAUGCACUAGAAAAAUGUCUGUUGCCACUCACUAUAGUUAACUUGCAAAUGUACAAUGAUUUUUUUUUUUUUUACAGUAAAAUUUCACACACUUAAAAAACCCAUAUACAAUGUAACCGAUUGUCAUAUGGUAAUAAAUUUCUCCUAACGAUUAAAACUUUAAUGUUGAAUGUUGCUGACGUGUACAUCACAAGCACAGGCCGCAUCAGUCACAAAUUUGCCUCCAAUUACAUGUUCUACCUGUUUCUUAUUUCUAUUUCUCAUUGUUCACUGACUGACUUUUUGGCUUACCUUUCUCCUUAAAACUGCAGUUGAUGUCAAAUAAAGAAAAAUCAAUAACGUGUGUAAAUAUU